UUCAACAAUGCUGGAGUGAACAUCAAAAUGAUCACAGGUGACAAUGUCUUUCAACUGCAAGAUGCUAUAGCUAUGAUGUGGGAAUAACUAAAGCCUGGUCAGAGACAUGUUCAUGGAGCUGUGAUUUGAAGGAGAAGAGUUUCCGCACUAACACACUAACCUGAGGAAAGAAGGAGAAAAGUUGAAUUAAAUAAUGGUGUGAUGCAAAGGUCUUCCCCCUUUGACAAACUUCUUCAUGGGCAGUGCCUCAAACAAAAAGGCCAUGUAGUGGCAGUUGGUGAUGGAACUAAUGAUGCACCAGCACUGAAAGAGAGCAGAUGUGGACUUUCUACUGGACGAUUCGGGAAACUGAAGAUUGCAAGGAAAGCUCAAGAUAUUGUAUUUUGGAAUGAUAAUUUUGCCUCUAUGGCUACAGUUUUUGAAUGAUGGGGAAGAUUGUCUACAAACAAUAUACAGAAAUUAUAUAGUUUCCAGCUCACCUGCAAUGUUUGAAUGCACUCGUGAUAUUUUGUGUCCACAGUUUUCUGCAGGUGAAGUCCAUUGACAGCAGUUCAGCUUCUGUGGGUGAAUUUGAUAAUGGACACACUAGGUGCUCGUGCUCUAGCUACAGAACAACCCACCAAAGAGCUCAUGGAUAAACCACCUGUUGGUAGAAUUGAGCCGCAUUAAUCGACCAACAUUAUGUGGAAGAACCUAUUAGCUCAAGCUUUGUAUCAGAUAACUGUCCCUCUUGCAAUACAGUUCAAAGGCAAAGAAAUCUUCAGUGUGAAUGACAAGGUAAAGGACACCAGAUGUUUCAAUACAUUUGCUUGCCAAAUUUUUACUAAAUUCAAUGCAAGAGAAGCUCAAAAGAAGGCAGAAAACAUCUUUAUGGAGAUACACCAGGAAAAUUGGGUUUUUUUGGGCAUCAUAGGGGCAGAUUGUCAUUGUUUCAAUGUAGUGAUGGUAGAAUUUCUGAAGAAAAUUCGCAGGGUUUCAGAGAGGCUGGAUUGGGGGCAAUGGGGGUGUCCAGCAUUGCAAUUGCAGAUGUCGUGGCCAGUGCCUAUGUAUGUAAAGUGGAUACCUGUCCGAAGAAACCUUUUGAAACUAUCUAAAGUGGAAAAAACUAGGGUUGAGAAGCUUCUUUUAGAUUUUCUGAAAAAAUUCCUUUAG